GACCCCUGUACGAUCGGGAAUACGGUCCAGUUGAUAUUAUUGUGCUCCAGCGGUACGUCAAUUCUUUACGCAUUAUGUGGAAGUGCUGUGCGAUUUUAUCUGUUCUAUUAAUUCUUGCAUUUGGACAAGAUGACAUUGAGGACACGACAACUGAUUCAAAACUGGUAGAAGGAGAGAAAAAAAUGAGCGAUCAGAUACUGAUUAUCCUUGAGCACUUCAAGCAACCCAACCCAGUUGGGAUUCCUGGAGCUGAAGUACCCGACCCAUACCCGGUGCCCGAUAUGAAGCAAUCUCUGUCACUUGGCACUUUAUAUUUUAAAAACACUGCCGUAUAUGGAAUAAGUAAAUUCAGAAUUUUGUACGUAAACGCAGAAAUAGGAGCUAUGGAGGUUAACGCAGCAUUAGCAAUAGACAAACUACAAGCUCGAGGUAACUAUACUCUAUCUACGUGGCUAAACAGGGCACAAGGACCAUUCACUGUUGACAUUUCUGGUCUUAAAAUAAUGGCUAAAGCCACAUUGGGCGUCGAGAGAGAUGGAAAACUCCAAGCCCAAGGUAUAACUAUAGAUCUAGGCUUCAGCAACAUUGCUGUAAAUUUUGAAAAUUUGGGUUUCUUCGGCAGUAUGUUCCAAGGAAUCGUAAACUCAGUGGGCACAUUCCUAUUUGAUUCUAUCAAACCCUAUGUACUUAAGGAAGCCUACACUAAGGCGCGCGCUGCUAUCAAUGAGAAAUUGGAUGAAGUCGCUGGAGAUAUGCAAUUCCCUAAUUCCAUAUCCCCAUUGGAUAUGGUAAUAGCCGACGCAAGAAAAAAGGUGAGGCAAAUGGAUCUUGAUCCUUAUAAAGUUAAGGAUUAUAACACGACAGUCAGUGUGUUUACGAUCACCUUAGAUCAUACUUGGAUUAUGGGUAUAUCCUCUUUUCAACGUGUGGGCAACAUAACUCUAAAAUUAGAGAACAACACAGUCAUAGCUGACUUUGAAAUUGGAACACAAAAAUUACAAGGCGUUACGCAAUGGGAGAUAUCAGCAAUCAGUGGUCUGAUGUCAAGAGCGGGCACGGCCUCUUUCUCAGUUGAAUACAUAAGUGGCAGAUUAGUACUCGCUCAGCCACUGGACACGAGGAAACAACCUCAAUUCAGAGAUUUAGAUCUCGAAGUAGGUAACAUUCAAGUUCGUUUCGACGGCGCUGGUACGUUAGAUUACAUUGUCGAGUUCGCAGUAAACGUGCUUCCAAAUCUGCUAAGAUAUCAAAUAAUGGACGCAAUAGAGGGUCCUCUCAAAGAGAGACUUCAACAAGAACUAAAUAAAGUCAAUGUGGAGGAAAUGAUAAAACAAGAAUUACCUAAGAUAGAUGAUAUGCAAGAGAAAGGGUUCAAGCUGUCGGCGCUGCGUGUUGCAGAAGCUCAAGACGAACCUUACGAUGAAGAUGAUUUCUUUAAUUUUUAAUAUACAAAUAAAAAAAAAUUAA